AUGAAGAUUCAGCUUUCUUUCUUGGCCUUGACGGCCUUUAGCCAGGCUGCUGUCGUCGCUAAGGAUAUAGCCAGCACGAUAGAGACUUCUUCGAGCCCAAGCAGCGUCCCCCCUGGCUGCCUCGAUCCUUCACUAAUCCAGACAGCAAGCAAUCGGACAGGUCAGGAACGUGGGACCCCGGGCGUAGAACCGGGCGAGGUGUCAUCGGAAAUAGACACCACCAACUUUAUCAACUUUUGUGCUGGCCGCGAGCUCACCAACGGCCGCCAGCUCUCGACAUCGUCGUGUAACGGCAUUCCCAUGGGCCGCAUCCCGGCCCAUGACCGCAUGAUUGCGUCGCUGAUUACUUCGCCGGCAACAGGGGAGCGUCUUCCGGCCCACAUGGCCUUUAACAUCACCAUCCAUACGGUGCACCUAACAGCAGGCUACUUUGCAAAUCCGCUGGCGAGCUACUACUCGGCGCCACAGGAUCUGGACGAGAACGGCAACAUCUAUGGCCACUGCCAUGUCACGGUGCAGGAGCUGACGGUGAAGCGGCAUGAUUGGGGCGAAGUCGUGGUCAAGAUCCCCGACCCGAGAAAGUUUGUCUUUUUCACGGGAAUCAGCGACGCUGGCGACGGUCGUGGGCGGCUUCAGGCAACUGUGGUGGGCGGUCUGCCGGUGGGACAUUACAGGGUGUGCACGAUGAUUGCGGCACGCAACCACCAGCCGGUGAUGAUGCCGGUAGCUCAGCGGGGAGCCCAAGAUGACUGUGUGCGGUUCCAGGUCAUCGACGGGGACGAAGACUACUUUUCAGGAAACUCUGCUGACAGGUUUAGGCAGCAGAACAGCAAAAGCUUUACCGGCCUACGAAACGAACUGCAAAUUGACCACAGCUGUCUGGCAAUCUGGGAGAUGCAGUCGACGACAUUUCGUGCCUGUGAGGCCUGUCGCAUCCUCAAGGUGCGCUGCGAGCCGGCCAGUGGCGGUGGCCAUGAUGGCAGCAUCAGCAGCAAUGACGGGACCGUCUUGCCACCCGUAUCGGAGCGGCCACCCUGCCGUCGGUGUCGAGACAUUGGCCACGAGUGUGUCUACACGGAGCGGCGGAGGACCAAGCGCAAGCGGACGGACGUGCGGGUGCGCGAGCUGGAGCAGGAGGUGUGGCAGCUGGGCGAGCUGCUGUUUCUGCAGCAGAAACAGCAGCAGCAGCAAAGUGGUGAUGCUGGAGGGGUGUUGGUGGAGGGCGUGCAAGAAGUCCGAGUUCCAGAAAGGUCGUCUCCAAUCGUGGAGGAAUCACUCCCGACGGUUCCUUCUUUACCUCCUGCAUUUGCCAUCUCUUCUGCUGGCACCCCCUCUCCCAACUUGCCACUGUCGUGGAACUCUUCCCUGCCAGCAACAGUCGACUCGGCAGACCCUGUGGCUGCUGGACUUCUACCGAUGGCUUGGGCGGUGCGCCUCUUUCGGCGAUACGUCCUGACAAUGGCACCCCAACGGCCGCUCGUGGUGUUCCCUGCCGUGACGCCAGCAAACCAUCACGUGAUUCCGACAGAUGAGGAGAUAGCGGCAGUGGCAGCCAAGGUACGGCGGCAGACCCCCGUACUCUUCCUAGCGAUAGUCACGGUGGCGGGGAACAUUGGCGCGGAGAUGGGACAGAAUGGAGACGACGACGACGACGAUGACGACGAUGAGCUGAGCAAUGGCCGAGACGGGUCUGCAGAUAUUAGUAACGACGAGAGCGACGGUCUCAGCCUGGCGCUGGAGGCACUCCUGCUGAGGGUCUUUGCCGAGCGGAUCAUGCUGGAUGGGCAGAAGUCGAUUGAGCUGAUCCAGGCGCUGCUGGUGUCGUCCAACUGGAACUGUCACUCACUGGGAGUCACGCCGCCGUCGAGCCAUCGGCCAAGAUUCUACCAGCACGUCCACCUGGCUGCAUCGAUGGCCGUGGAGCUGGGUCUGUGCGGCCGUGAAGGACAGAACCGUCCUCAAGACUCUGGUCCAUCCGGCGACACCCUCGUCUUUGAGCGGACUCUGCUGGCCUGCUACCUCUGCUGUUCCAGUGUCUCUCUCGGCUUCCACCGCCAGUCCAUGUUGUCCUUUACGCCUCACAUAGCCGAAUGCCUCGCCACGAUCGAGACAUCGGCACUGGCAGCACCAACCGACGCCACUCUGGCCGCCUGGGUUCGUCUGCAGCACAUUGUCGAUAACGCCGCAGUCGGCUUGGGCCUCCGGUCGUCUGAGCGCGACGGGGCAGCCAGUAGCACAGACAAGGCCACCCGGGGCCUGGUGGACUUUGCGGACCCGUGCCUGCAGAUGAACCUGCAGAAUGCCACGCUGCAGCUAGAGCAGUGGCGACAGAGCGUGACGAGCACAUGCAUGAACAACAGCCUGCUGAUACAGUACCACACCGUUCUGUGCACUCUGCACGAGUCGUGUUUCUACAACGAGUUUGACCCGACCGACUUCAAGCCGCCGUACCGCGUGGCUGUGCCGACGUGCAGGGCGAACGCACCAGUGCCACCACAAAGACCAAAACCACGGCCUUUUCUUACGUCUGCUCACAUCCAGUCGCGCCAGCUGUGCCUCGCGUCGGCACGGGCGCUAAUCGGCAUCUUUCUGGCAGCGCCGACGAAGCAGCUUCGGGGCAUGCCGGUGUUCUCGUACGCGCGCAUCAGCUACGCCAUCGUUGUGCUGCUCAAACUGGAGCUGUCGGCCGUUCUUCCGGGCGGCGCCAUGCACGGGCUGAUGCGCCACGUCGGCGGUCCAGGCAGCUCGACCACGCAGAUCCACCACUAUCUGGGCAAGCUGUCGUGGCGGAUGAGACAGCUCCGCACGCGGCACCGGCACCUAGCGCGCAUGUGGGCACCGCUCGUGGAGGCGGUCAGCGAGUGGUACGAAGGCUACCUGCUGCCGGCGGCAGGCGGUCACAUCAGCGACGAGAAGGCGAGCACUGCGUCGGGCGUCGGCCCGGUGCUACGACCACUACGACACUGCUUCCCGCUUUUGACGCAGAGUGAGGGUCAAGCCAGCACAGCAGCGGCAAGAUUGAACCCAGAGUCUGCGAUGGCUCCGGCGUCUUUGGUGGCACCGAUAGGCGUGUCGGGAUUCUACGAAAUGCUGAACGAGAUCGGUUACCGGGAGUCAGCUGUGCCGAUAGCAUACGAGAACGGGACGACUGAGCAGGACUUGGAGCAGACUGACAGGUCUGCAGGUGGGGACACGAGCUCGGUGUCGCGGGCGCCUGCUCAUGUGAGCCAUGAAGACGAACAGCUGCUCCAGUCAAUGCUGCUCAUGGGAGAUACCAUCGACUGGACAGACCCGUCGAAGCAGUUUUUCGACGUGCAGAGCUGUCUCGACGGGAUGUUUUCGGAGCAGAUGUCGACGUAG